GUGAUGCUUGUGCUCAAUCAAUGAAAGAAGAUGAACAUGCAAAGAGAACGUUUAUUCAAUCUUCGGAAACACGGAAGAACAAACUCAAACUUGUUGACAAUGUCCGCAAUGCGGUUUCGCGUCUCUUAGUCGUAAAACAGAUGAUAGUCAAAAUCAUCGUUUUCGCCGUUGCUACAUGACUAAUGGAUCAUUGCAAAAA